CGUCGAAGCGGAGGCGCGCGAGCGUCGGGUGCCCGCGCCGAUCAGUCCGCGCGGGACGCUCGACGAGCGAGGAUCGUGUUUCUCGGGUCUCUCGCGCCUUGCUCUCGAAGUCCUCACACACAGGUGCGUCGGUGGUUAAACGGCGUGGGAGGGAGAGAAAGAGAGAGCUAGUUUUUCCGCACGCAGUUCCGGCAGGGCUGACGCGGCGCCGUAGAAGGAGGAGAGAAGAAAAAAACGGCGGCGAUCAUAGAGAAGCACUUCGCGCGAGACGACCGGGACCCCGGGAGUAUUGGAGCACAGAUGGUGAGAGGAUCGUUACCUGAUAUCGCAGUGACGAUGGCAUCGGGCAGGGAAAUCCACGGUGCUUUCAGCCUCAUCGUGGACGACGUGGACUCGCACUCGAUUCUGAGCGACGGCUCCGACCUGGACGGGCUGUCGCGCGAGAGCAGCUCGCAGAACUCGGCGUCGCAGACGCCGCUGGACAGCCCCGGCGGGCCGCGGGAGAGGAUCAAGCAGAUCCAGGUGGAGGCCGAGACCAGGCGGGGCGAGUUCGCCAGGCUGCUGGAGGAGCACGCGCAGGUGGUGCGCAAGCUGAAGAUGAUGGAGGCGGAGGAGCAGCUGUCGGCGACGACGACGGCGACGGCGACCGGGAACGCGGCGGUGAUCGGCGGCGCGCACGCGUGAUUUUACGACCUCAUCAUCGCCGACGACGUCGCCGGGACGACACCGAGGGUGACACCGAGGGUCGGGACCACCGCGCCG